AUGUCUCAGCAACAUUAUUUUUUUCCACUGUGCAUUUCCUCAAGCGUUUUCCACAAUUGUCCCACUUUAUUUAUACAUAUUCGCAAUGAACAUCGUGAAGAAUCGACUUUCAAUACUCCGUGUGAAUUAGACGUAUCGUGCGGAUCUCGCUAUUCAUCUUUUGACAGUUACCGUCGCCAUAUCUACCGAUGUCAUCGUCCUCUAAUCGAUUCAUUUGAUAAUAAUGAUACUCCUUCAUCGAAUAUUGAUCAUAUUAUCGAUGAUCUUGAGAAUUUAUUUUCUCAUCCUACUUUUACGAAUCAAUCGGAUUUUAUUAAUGAUCCUGAAUCAUGCAUCUAUCCCAAUGAAGAACUUGAUGAUACAGAUCGUGAAUUUCUUAAUUUCGAUUCCACUAUCUUAUCUAUUGCUAAUGAACAACUUAAUUUUAGCAAACUUGCGCAAUUUUACACUCGUUUUCUUCUCGAGCUUCGUGAAUAUCAUAUUCUCCCUCAAAAAGUCGUGCAGUCUAUUUCAUCUAAAAUGUGUUCUUUAUUUGACAUAAUUAUAAAAUUAAUUAAAAUAAAAGUGUCAUCAUCUUUCAUGUCUAUUAUCGAUAUGGAAGCAAUAUUUACACACGUCAGCUUUAUUAUCAAUUCUGUUAGUAAGAGUGAAUAUAACUUUUUAAAACAAUGUAAAAAUUAUUUCGACUAUCAAGCACGAACUGAAAUCGAAUUAACUACAAAUGAAGAACGUGCUUAUUAUAUUCCAUUGAAGCAGAGCCUGUAUUGUAUGCUUCAGAAUGGUCAAUUACUACAGGCGACAAUUGAUAAUAUUAAUUCUUUAUAA